AACACAAAGAAAACAACUCCAAUGACAGAAGUAAUUCUCGAAUGACUGACAUUGAAAAGAAAAGAGAUUCAUUACAAAACGACGAACAAAAAGCGAAAUUUGUAUUGUGUAAACAAAAACCUAAAAAACCUCCAGCUGGAUUUGUCCAAAUAGCUUUGUAGCCAUCGAAAAAGAAGUGCCAAACAUCAACAUACGUCCCCCCAAAUGACUUUUGAUAAUUAACGAGACCAUAAGGAAUUUUUGAUUUUGUUGCGUUUUAUUUUUCUUUAAUUUGCAAACAAAGAAAUAGAAAAAAGAACAGAAGCAGCAGGCGUCGUAAUGGGCAAUGCAGGAAGUUCAAGCAUGCAUAGGGAGCGUCACAAGUCUAGUGACAUCUCAACGCCGAACUCACCUUUCAGAGAGCUACCUCAGCGCGGCGAUGGUGCUGGGAGUGUUGGUGGUGGAGGAGGCGGUGGUAUGGCGGCCGUAAGUGGUGGUCAGGCAUUCACGUUCGACAAAAAACGUGAUUCAGUAUUGGCAGGUGGCUCGUCGCAAGAAGACGACGAAACAACAUCCGAACCUUACUAUACGAAAAUUGGCAAAGCCUCAACCGAACAGUCGGCCUCCGACCCCUCAGACCCAUUAAGCUCAGCUGAAACGCGCAAACGCUCUAGCAGCGUAACAGAGGGGGGCACAACUCCCAAGGAGAUGACUUCACACGACACCACGAAUGACAGUGAGUCGGUAAAGGAACAAGAAACUGGAGAAAACAUGGAGUCACAAGACGACGAAAAGAAUCCAUCGUUUAUUCCAACGGUUCUACGUUGGGAUGGUGGCGGUCACAAUGUUAUGAUUUGUGGUACCUUUACUAAAUGGAAACCCAUACCCAUGGUACGAAGUCAUGGUAAUUUUGUAACAAUUAUCGAUUUACCCGAAGGAGAUCAUCACUACAAAUUCUAUGUGGAUGGUGAAUGGAAACAUGAUCCGAAAUUGAAAAGCGUAGAAAAUGACACGGGCGAAACCACAAAUUUGGUUUCGGUACGUCAAUCUGAUUUUGAAGUAUUUCAAGCUUUAGCCAAAGACAGCGAAAAUGCCGUAAACAACGCCGAUAAGGAGUAUUCACAAGAGGUGCCACAAACCAAGCCAUGGGAAAAAGUAUCCGGUCCACCAAUAUUGCCGCCACAUCUCUUGCAAGUUAUCCUGAACAAAGAUACACCAUUGUCGUGUGAACCAACAUUGUUGCCUGAACCAAAUCAUGUCAUGUUGAACCAUUUGUAUGCGCUCUCGAUUAAGGAUGGUGUUAUGGUGCUCAGUGCAACACAUCGCUAUCGCAAGAAGUAUGUCACCACCCUGUUGUACAAGCCAAUAUAGACAUGUGAUAGAUCGAUAACCAUCUAACUAAUAUUUGGUCCUUGCUACCUAUUUAAAAAAGUUAAAUUUUAUCAGUUUCUUUUUGUUGUAAUUUUGAAAUACACAAAAUGAAUUAUGCUUCUAUUAUAUGUUGUGUACAAAGGUAUUGUAUCAUUCAAAUAUUUUACACAAAAUGAAAGUUAUGGGCAAGUGUUGUUUUAUUUUAAUUUUAUUUAAUCGUUUAGUUAUAAUAUUAACAUAAAAUUUCGAUGUAAUCUAUAUAUUUACCUAACCAAAAAGAAAUAAAAAAUAUUAAAAUAAAAAAUGAAAAAAAAAAAAUCAAA